AAGUUUUCUUGUUUGUGAGAGAAAACAUAAAAAAUAGAAAUUCGAUUUUUGCUUCUUCAGGCAGCCCAUUAAUCCGAGCCAGUCGCUCGCCUCUUGUUCUCGGUCUCGCCGUCUCGCAGCUCCAGUUGGACUAGGAGAGAAAAAUAUACUGAGAGAAGAGAGAGACAGAGAAGACCCGAGGAGGAAACGGAAAAAAUCAAUUACCAGCAGUUGACACGUUGCGCUCCGCCGCGCUUCCGCCUGGCUACGGCGCUUCAUUUCUUCGGCCACCUGGUCUUCGUCGUCGUGUUGCGCUCCUCCACGGAGGAAAUCCUGAACGGAUCAAACCGUGACGGAGAUGAUGAAAUGAGAAUCCCGUCCAUCCGACGCUACCUCUGCUAUCUCCUCCUCCUCCUUCAUCCACUCAUCGCUUCUCUGAUCCUGAUCCUAAAACCCUAGCUUAUCGGUUCGAUGCUCUCGAUUUCGGUGUUUCUAUUCCUGACGAUUGGAGAGUAGAUAGUCCGGAUUUGCGGCCCUGAUCCAAUUCGAGCGAGUGGAGAAAGAGAGAGUGAUCUUCAGCGAUCAUUCUCGAUUUCUUGAAGGUACCUGGAAAUAGAUACUGCAAGUGAGAUAGACGGUGUGAAGAGAAGGAAUCAUGCAGAGACGGAGUCCACCGAAGCACAGACACGAUGGGACUUCGCCUUUGCCCCUGGGGAUGGAUUGGAGCCCUCCUCCUCGGAAAUGGAGUGGACGAGACACUGUUUGGCCACAUGAUCCUAGAACGGGAUGGAGUUAUUGUGUCACUGUGCCUUCCUGGGUUGUCCUUGCAAAGUCAAGAGAUUCGGAUCCUGUAGUGUUUUACAGGGUUCAGGUUGGUUUGCAAUCACCUGAAGGGUUAACAGUUACACGUGGAGUACUGAGAAGAUUUAAUGAUUUUCUGAGGUUAUUUGCAGAUCUUAAAAAGGCAUUUCCAAAGAAGAGUCUUCCACCAGCUCCACCCAAGGGACUAUUGCGUAUGAAAAGCAGAGCAUUGUUGGAAGAGAGGAGAUGCUCUUUGGAGGAAUGGUUGACAAAGCUACUGUCCGAUAUUGAUUUAUCUAGAAGCAUAGCAGUUGGAUCCUUUCUUGAACUAGAAGCGGCUGCAAGGUCUGCUUUUCAGGAUGCAAAUCAAGAGUCUCCAGAAACAGCUCUAACUGGCGAUGCUACACCUACUUCAUCUCAGAUACCUCCUAAUUCGAGCCCGUCUGCUCUUACUGCGACUUCGUCAAUUGCUUCCGAUUAUGGAAGUGAUACUGCUUAUGAAGCAUCUGAGAUUGGAACUCCAAGGUUGGGAAAGGAUGAAAGUUCUGAAAUCGGGAUGGAGGAUCAAGCAUUGGAUGAAGAUCUCACAGACCCAACAGAAAAGCUAGUGAAGUAUGGCAUUUCCAACAUUGAUGAAGGACUCUUAAUGGGGCAGACUAUCCUAGAUAAGCUUGAAAGAUUUCCUAGGCAUAAACCUCACACCAGACAUGCAAACAUUGUGGGGAAUUCCAUGUACAAUGGUAAUGCCCCCAAAGUUCAACCCAUUGUUGGCAAUGGGGUGGAACCAUUCUCUGAGCCAGAGCAUGGUAGGGUGGCACUAGGCCAUGCUCGGAAAUUGUCUAGUGACAGUGCUGGGAGCGAUGGAAGCUCUUUGAGAGGCAGUGAAAGUGCUGGUGUAUCAAAUUCAGGCACUGCUGAUGUAUCUCUUGACCUUGCAAGAGGAGCUGAGGUUUCCAGUUCUUUUGGAUUUCUUAGCAAGAUUGAGUCGCAGCUUUCAGCCGAUACACAAAUAAUUAUUCCAUUUGAUCAACGCCAUAAAAUGAGCAGAGUUCUAACAACCAUGCAACGACGGCUAGGCACAGCAAAAACCGACAUGGAGGACCUGAUAUCAAGGUUAAAUCAAGAAAGAGCCAUUAAAGAUUAUCUUGCUAAGAAGGUGAAGGACCUAGAGGUCGAACUUGAAACCUCUAAACAGAAAAAUAAGGAAAACCUGCAGCAGGCUAUUUUGGUUGAAAGAGAGAGGCUAACACAAAUGCAAUGGGAUAUGGAGGAACUUAGGCGGAAAUCCUUUGAAAUGGAGCUAAAACUAAAGGCUAAAGAGCUAUUGCAGGAUGAAAAGUCAAGCAUGAAAUUAGAUGAUGGACCUACAAAUGAGAAGGAUGUCGCGCAGGAAGAGCUAGACAUUACCAAAAAGAAACUCGAGGACCUAACGAAGCAAUAUGAAGCAUUGGAAGUAAAAUCAAAGGCUGAACUAAAGUUUCUUGCUAAAGAGUUCAAAUCUCUUCAAAGUUCCCAGAAGCAGUUGAAGCAGGACCGUGAUCAAGCAAUAAAUGAGAAAGCCGAAAUGGAGAAACACCUUGAACAUGAGAGAGAGUCUAGGCAACAUGAGAAAGACCGCCAGAAAAGGCUCCUGCACGAUUGCAGGACUGUGUGGAGUCGACUCCAAGAAUGCAACCUCAUUUUAUCCAGUGAAGAUGAUGGUAACAAUUUUGUGCUGAACUCCUCAUCUGAAGACGCGUUCGAUUUAUUGGAAACAUUUGAUGACCGGAUUAGCCUUCUUCUUGCAGAGGCACAACUAAUAGCUGAUGAUGGUGGUGCUGAUUGUAACGAGAAGACAAUGAACAGUGAAUUGAGGACAUUGCUCGGAGACAUACUAGCCGAUAAUGCAAAGCUGCGGAGACAGGUAUACUCUGUUGCUCGUCGUGCUCUUCGAAAGGGCACGAUAUCGAGGGAGCCGUCACUGGACAUAUCUAAUGUAGAUAGAUGAACAAACCAUAGAGAAUCAUAUUCCCCUCUUCUCUUCUGUCGUGUUUUAGCUUUCCGCUUUCUUCCAUUUGAUCAAAUUUUAAUUUCACUUCUACAUAUGUAUGGCCUGUGAUGAAGAAGUUGAUCUGCACGGAACUGCAGCUUUAACUAUUUGUAACCUUGUGGAGCUUUCACUGUCCACUUAUACGACGAAAGUCAACUAGAGAGAGAGAGCAUUGCCUUCAACGGUUCAUACCACCAUCUUUGUACCUUAAGAUAAACAUUUUGUGACCAUUCUCAGUCCCUCGUGCCCUUGCAUUGUAGAUUUUCUGGGAACUUUUAUUUGGUGAUGUUGGUCAUAGUCGAAAUUCGAACAUGAGAUCUCUCAAGGUCAAAAGCAUGUUGUUUUGCUAUUUGACGACUUUCUCGUUUGUCUAUCACAUUCAAGUUGCUUGGAACAGGCCAUAUUAUACAAAUUCAGGCACAUGCCAAG